ACUGGACUAGGAUGGGGGAUGGGCCUGUGACAGGAGGUGCCCUGGGUGUCCUCUCUCGGCCCCAUGGAGUCCUCACCCAUCCCCCAGUCAUCAGGGAACUCUUCCACUCUGGGGAGGGCCCCUCAUACCCCAGGUCCCUCUACUGCCAGUGGGGUCCCGGAGGUGGGGCUGCGGGACGUGGCUUCGGAGUCCGUGGCCCUCUUCUUCAUGCUCCUGCUGGACUUGACCGCCGUGGCUGGCAAUGCCGCCGUGAUGGCUGUCAUCGCCAAGACGCCUGCCCUCCGGAAAUUCGUCUUCGUCUUCCACCUCUGCCUGGUGGACCUGCUGGCGGCCCUGACGCUCAUGCCCCUGGCCAUGCUCUCCAGCUCCGCCCUCUUUGACCACGACCUCUUUGGGGAGGUGGCCUGCCGCCUCUACGUGUUCCUGAGCGUCUGCUUCGUCAGCCUGGCCAUCCUCUCGGUGUCGGCCAUCAACGUGGAGCGCUACUAUUACGUGGUCCACCCCAUGCGCUACGAGGUGCGCAUGACGCUGGGGCUGGUGGCCUCGGUGCUGGUGGGCGUGUGGGUGAAGGCCUUGGCCAUGGCUUCCGUGCCCGUGCUGGGGAGGGUCUCCCGGGACGAGGGAGUGCCCAGCAUCCCCCCAGGCUGCUCACUCCAAUGGAGCCACAGUGCCUACUGCCAGCUCUUCGUGGUGGUCUUUGCUGUCCUGUACUUCCUGCUGCCCCUGCUGCUCAUCCUCGUGGUCUACUGCAGCAUGUUCCGCGUGGCCCGCGUGGCCGCCAUGCAGCACGGCCCGCUGCCCACGUGGAUGGAGACGCCCCGGCAGCGCUCCGAGUCUCUCAGCAGCCGCUCCACCAUGGUCACCAGCUCGGGGGCCCACCAGACCACCCCGCACCGGACGUUUGGGGGAGGGAAGGCGGCAGUGGUCCUCCUGGCCGUGGGGGGACAGUUCCUGCUCUGUUGGUUGCCCUACUUUUCUUUCCACCUGUACGUUGCCCUGAGCGCUCAGCCGUCAGCCGGGCAGGUGGAGAACGUGGUGACUUGGAUCGGCUACUUCUGUUUCACUUCCAACCCCUUCUUCUAUGGAUGCCUCAACCGGCAGAUCCGGGGCGAGCUCAGCAAGCAGUUUGUCUGCUUCUUCAAGCAGGCUCCCGAGGAGGAGCUGAGGCUGCCCAGCCGGGAGGGCUCCAUCGAGGAGAACUUCCUGCAGUUCCUUCAGGGCACCGGCUGCUCCACGGAGUCCUGGGUUUCCCGACCCCUCCCCAGCCCCAAGCAGGAGCCAGCUGCUGUGGACUUUCGGAUUCCAGGCCAGAUAGCUGAGGAGACCUCCGAGUUCCUGGAGCAACAACUCACCAGCGACAUCAUCAUGUCAGACAGCUACCUCCGUCCUGCCCCCUCGCCUCGACCUGAAUCGUGAUGGGCUGCUGGACACAUGGAGGGAGAUGGGGCUGGGGGCCGGUUAGGAGCA